GCAAAACCUUGCUAGUGCAGAACACACUGCGCAGUGCGCAGACCUAAACGGAAGUCAGCCUCUGAGCCAAGAGGAUCCACGUGACACCGUGCGCAAAGCUUGUGCGUCGCUCUAGUGACGCAGAGCGGCGCCUUCAUUGUGUCUGGGUGAAUUGCGAGCUGGCGAUGCUUAAAAUUGAUUUUUCAGAUAUUUUAAUAGUUUAAUCUGUGAAUGGCGCCAAAACAGGACCCUAAGCCUAAAUUUCAAGAAGGUUUGCUUUGAUUACGUUGCUCAGAUAUUUCAUCCCUGUCUGGCCCAGGUGAACGUGUUCUCUGUUUUCAUGGGCCAUUGCUCUACGAAGCUAAGUGUGUAAAGGUUAAUAUAAAGGAAAAGCAAGUGAAGUACUUCAUACAUUACAGCGGAUGGAAUAAGAACUGGGAUGAAUGGGUUCCUGAGAGCAGAGUGCUCAAAUAUGUGGAUACCAACCUGCAGAAACAAAAGGAGCUUCAAAAGGCUAAUCAGGAACAAUAUGCAGAGGGAAAGAUGAGGGGUGCAGCACCGGGCAAGAAAAUUGCUGCUGUGCAGCAGAAAAAUGUUGAAUUGAAAACAAAAAAGAACAAGCAGAAAACUCCUGGGCCAGGUGAGGGGACCAGCACGUCCGAAAUGCCGCAGCCCCCCAGGAAGAAACGGGCACGCGUUGAUCCCACAGUGGAAAGUGAGGAAACAUUUAUGAACAGAGUGGAGGUGAAAGUAAAGAUCCCAGAAGAGUUGAAGCCGUGGCUCGUGGAUGACUGGGACUUGAUUACAAGACAAAAACAGCUGUUUCAUCUACCUGCCAAAAAGAAUGUCGAUACUGUCUUAGAAGACUAUGCAAAUUAUAAAAAAUCAAGAGGCAACUCUGAUAACAAGGAGUUUGCUGUUAAUGAAGUGGUUGCUGGAAUCCGGGAGUACUUUAAUGUAAUGCUGGGCACACAGUUACUGUACAAAUUUGAGAGGCCACAGUAUGCAGAGAUACUGGCAGAUCACCCCGACGCGCCCAUGUCACAGAUCUAUGGAGCGCCGCAUCUUCUAAGACUUUUUGUUCGAAUUGGUGCCAUGUUGGCCUACACACCUCUUGACGAGAAGAGCCUGGCACUGCUGCUGAACUACUUGCAAGAUUUCUUAAAAUAUUUAGUGAAGAACGCCUCUGCCCUGUUUAGUGCCAGCGAUUAUGAAGUGGCACCACCUGAAUAUCAUCGGAAAGCUGUCUGAGCUUGCCAUCCAGCAUUCUGCCACACGGGAAGAACAGCCGCAUGGAAUCGGAAGUGUACGCGUUAUCAUGUGGUUUCUAGAGAGUACGUAACGGCUUCAAUCUCAAGAGACUUUUGAAAAGACUAUUAAAGAUUGAUUUAUUGAAUUGGUUGGGCUAUUGGCUUUGAAGGAUUAUUGAAGGGUAGGGGUUGGGAGAUUGCUAAAGGUAAGCCCGAGUGGUUUUUCUAAAUGCGGAGUUUCUUACUGUGCACCCACAGUGUUAUCAGAGUGUUGAGACAAGGGUUGGGAUUCAGUAAUUCUUAAAUGCAAAUGGGCAUUAUGCACCGGUAUUAGCGGGACAAUUUUUACCGGAUAAUAUACCGAAAUUCAUACCUUUGCAAUUUUCAUGUGAACUGCUGGUCUAAAAUCAGCACAGCA